AUUCCUACAUGAGCACAAGCAGCAGACUUCUUGCAUACAAACUGAUUUCCUUUCAGCUAAAGGACUUUCCAAACCUCUUUUUUUUUUUUAGAUUCCCAUUACUGUUAGUCAUAUCUGUGACUGCUCGGCAAGAAGAGGAAUAUCUAUAUUCUCUGCAGGUAAUCCUUCUGCAUCUUCCAGGACAACUCAUCUAAUGAAAUGAUGAACAAUGAAACAACAAAGCUUUACAUUUGCUACAUAACUUUAUCUGACAGACUUGAUUCAUCAUUUAUGCUAAGGAAUUAAACCAUUUGUGCAGUAUGUUCUACAAGGAGGGCUUCAUAAUGGCUAACAUUCAACAAACUAUUGUUACAGUGGUACUGGACCCAAGGAAGAAGUAGUUUUAGAGAUUUACAUACAGUGCAUUUAUAAUAAUGAGUAAACAGUCUGGAUAAUUCUAAAGGAAUGUGCUGAAUGAAUAGAAAAAGAUCCAAAAUCACAUUCAUAUGAUUGAGGUAAAAUAAUGCAAAGAGACAAAGAAAAGUUAGCAUUACUCAAGAAUCUACAAUCAAUAUACCAUAGAAAGUAUCUGCAUAAAAAGGUAAACCUGAAAACGACGUUGUUAUUCGUCAAACCUAUACUUUAACUAGGAUUUCACUUUUAUGCUGCUAAAACAAAUUACUUCAGUGUAGUUUAUAUGAAAACAUCAAAAACAUUACAAGGCUUUGUCUGGAAAUACAGAAGAAAACUAGUUCAACAAUGGCCGCUGCCGAUAACCACUCUAAGGACGUUAUAAACACAGGACAGCAUUUCCAACUACAGUGACCUACUGCAAUGGGUCGCAAAGAAGCGAGUUCACUACCAAACGUACCCUGCAACUCAAUGGAACAACAAACAAUGAAAGUGCGUCCUGUGCUCUUAAAACGAAAAAGCUUUGACAUUUCAGAUCCUACAAAACAAACCAACCACCGUAAGAACAAAUCCCAGCAAGUCAGAUUUAAGGAGGACAGCACAAGCCAAGAGGCACCAGACUUUGUGGCAUCAGAUACAAAGCCCUGUGACAACAUCUUGCUGGUCAAUGGAAAGGCUGAAAAAUCCCAAACCAGAUCAAUGUGUUUGCUUGGUUAUCCUCAUUCUCAGAAAGGACUUCAAAACAUUGCUAUACAGACAUCUCCUAGUCUCAGGAAACAAUUUCCAAACUUUAAGGCAAAAAAAGCAACUGCAGCUAGGUCUAAGGGCAUAUUAUCCAGAGAAUCAAGCUGUGCCCAGGUUAAUGGUGAACUAUCAGAUGAUGACAUAGCUACUCAGAUAUCUCGUCUUAAACUAAAUGACCAAUUUGAAGAGCGCCUAAAAUGGGUUAGAAGGUCUUCUCUGUUAUUACACACUGUACCUAAAGCACAAAGUAAUGGACCUACAAGUGACUGCUCAGGUCUUGAAAUGCUUGAACAGGCCAAUGUCUCAAUCCAAGUACCAGAUAACUCAAUAAAGGUGACAGAAAAGUCCAAUACUGAUCUACAAAUGUAUAAAGCGUCUGAAAUUCCUGUUGAAUGUUCUUUAAAAAGUGACUUAAACAUCUUACAACCUUCACAUGUGUGUGAGGAACAGGUCAACACAUGUGACGAUGCAAGACAAAAUGAGUUGUUACCAAAAAAAACAAACGUUGAAUGUAAAAAGAUUUUAACUUUAUCCCCAUCUUUUAAUAGCAAUCUAUCAUACUGCUUCCACUCAGAACACCAGCAGACUGACAAAUUAGAAACAUUUCACGAUUCUGCUUCUCAACCUAAUGACAGUCGUGAACUAACAUCGUCCCCAAAUCUGGAGGAAUUACAAGCUAAAGAAACUGAUAAGACUGGAUCACAGAAAAACACGACAGAGACCACUGACUGCACAGACGCAAGUACGUCUAGACAGCCAAAGACUGGUAUACAACAAGGGGCGAGUAAUGAUGGCAAACUGACAAACCCCGUACACAAUCCACAUGGCAAGUUUUGUUCUCUGCAGGGUAAACUACAAAACGUAGAGGAAUCCUUACAGUCAAACCAAGAGAAGAUUAAGAUCCUGUUGAAUGUAAUUCAAGACUUGGAAAAGGCUAGAGCAUUCAGUGAAGGGCGCAUCUUCUAUCGAACUGGACAAGACCUAAACAACUGUAGCACUUGUCAGAGCACAGCAUGUAUAAUUUACAGUGUAGAAUAUGACUUCAGACAACAGGAAGGGAGAUUCCUGCACAUUCUAAAGAAACUGGAUAAGAUGGAACCAAGGCCUGUUCUGACUCCUGCUCCAAAGCCAGAACCAGAAAUUGUCAUUACUGAAAGACAGGAAGUGCGGAAAAAAACGAAGAAAGUAAAGAAAAAAUGUUUCUGGUGGAUCUGACAUUACAUAUGGUAUAAGACCACUAUAACCAAUACUGUGUGCUCAUAAACAUAGUGGUGCCUAUGGUCUUAAUCCUGUAUGAAAUAAAAUACAUACUGUACGUUUUUCACAUGUAACCAUAUAAAAUGAAGAUCUUAUGUAUAAAAAGCUUUUUAUAAGGUGUAAAUACUUUUAUAUCAGAUUGUACAUGUGACUUAAAUAUUAACAAUAUUUAAGAUAAUAUUUUUUUUUUUUUUUUAAUGCUUCACUGGAAAUCAGUUUUCUGCCCCUUACUUUAAAUAAAAUAUAGUUUAUUACCACAAAAUUGAUAUUUAAAGAUUGUUACAGUUUAUUCUUUAAGGGUGAUUUACGUGUGUACUGUGGCCUUCUGCAGUAUGAUCGCAUUAAACAAUUUUCAUGACAUUUAAAGUUUCCAACAAAAGCCCUUCAUUCAGUUUCUGCAAUUCAUUCUUAAAGGGGUACUCCGGCCAAAGAAUAGGGGAUAAGAUGCCUGAUUGCGGGGGUCCCGCUGCUGGGGACCCCUGCAAUCUUUCAUGCAGCACCCCGCUAUCAUCAGCCUCCGGAGUAUGGUGACUUCACGGCUCCGCCCCCCGUGUAAUGUCACGCUCUGCCCCCUCAAUGCAAGCUUAUGGGAGGGGGCGUGGUGUCUGUUGAGGGGGCAGAGCGUGAUGUCACACGGGGGCAGAGCUGUGACGUCACAAUACUCCGGCACCAUGAUCGUGAUUCAUCAGACCAAGAGCGAUGUUCGCUCUGGAGGCUGAUGAUAGAGGGGUGCUGCAUGAAAGAUUGCGGGGGUCCCCAACGGCAGGACCCCGUGAUCAGGCAUCUUAUCCCCUAUUCUUUGGAUAGGGGAUAAUAUGUCUUAGGGCCGGAGUACCCCUUUAAAGUGUUACUGUUGUUAGAAACUAUUUUUUUUAAUACUUCCUUAAAAACCAAGCAUUUACCUAAUAUACUUUAUAAAAAAUGUGAUUGCUAAAGAUGUUAAAAAUAAAAUCAAAGGGUCCUUCAGACCAAGAGCUG